AUGUCGGGCUGGACGUUGGGACAGAGUUCAGCCGUGGGUCAUCACCAAGACUCAGUUAUAUUAGAGCGGUUGGCCGAGGUCGUCGGACUCGGACAUGACACAUCUUUGAGAUGCAGGUGUGAAGGAGCAGAGAUACAGGUGCUGGGCACUGUGACAAACAAGGUUGGGGUGGGAGGUCAGAGAUUUUUUGAUGACCAGAGUGAAGUUGAGAACCUCUGCAAAGGUAUCUGCCAUCUUGAUAUCUCUUCCAUGAGGUCUUUUUCCUGGAGCGUCAAAGAUGACAUGAGGCCUGAGCGGCUACCCAUCCCCGCUGAGGAAGGCGGAAGGGCUCGACCGGCGAAGGCCAGAGUGGCUGCCCAUCCCCUCUCAGGCAGGCGGAAGGGCUCGACCGGCAGAGGCCAGUGUGGCUGCCCAUCCCCUCUCAGGCAGGCGGAAGGGCUCGACCGGCGGAGGCCAGAGUGGCUGCCCAUCCCCUCUCAGGCAGGCGGAAGGGCUCGAGCGGCGGAGGCCAGAGCGGCUGCCCAUCCCCUCUCAGGCAGGCGGAAGGGCUCGACCGGCGGAGGACAGAGUGGCUGCCCAUCCCCACUGAGGCAGGCAGAAGAGUUCGACCGGCGGAGGCCAGAGCGGCUGCCCAUCCCCACCGAGGUAGGCAGAAGGGCUCGAUCGGCGGAGGCCAGAGCAGCUGCCCAUCCCCACCGAGGCAGGCGGAAGGGCUCGACCGGCGGAGGCCAGAAUGGCUGCCCAUCCCCACCGAGGCAGAAGGGCUCGACCGGCGGAGGCCAGAGUGGCUGCACAUCCCCGACGAGGCAGGCAGAAGGGCUCGACCGGCUGAGGCCCAGAGGGGCUGCCCAUCCCCGCCAAGGCAGGCAGAAGGACUCGACCGGCGGAGGCCAGAGUGGCUACCCAUCCCCACCGAGGCAGGCAGAAGGGCUCGACCGGCGGAGGCCAGAGUGGCUGCCCAUUCCCUCUCAGGCAGGCGGAAGAGCUCGACCGGCGGAGGCCAGAGCGGCUGCCCAUCCCCUCUCAGGCAGGCAUAAGGGCUCGACCGGCGGAGGCCAGAGUGGCUGCCCAUUCCCUCUCAGGCAGGCGGAAGAGCUCGACCGGCGAAGGCCAGAGCGGCUGCCCAUCCCCUCUCAGGCAGGCAUAAGGGCUCGACCGGCGGAGGCCAGAGUGGCUGCCCAUCCCCUCUCAGGUAGGCAUAAGGGCUCGACCGGCGGAGGCCAGAGCGGCUGCCCAUCCCCUCGCAGGCAGGCGGAAGGGCUCGACCAGCGGAGGCCAGAGCUGUCCAUCCCCCUCUCAGGCAGGCAUAAGGCUCCCCAACCGGCGGGGCCAGAGUGGGCUGGUCCAUCCCCUUCAGGCAGGCAUAAGGGCUCGGACCGGCGGAGGCCCGAAUGGCGCCCAAUUCCCUUCAGGCAGGGGAAAAGAGCCUCGACCGGCGAGGCCAGAGCGGCUGCAAUCCCCUUCUCAGGCCAGCAUAAGGGUCGGACCGGGGAGGCCAGAGUGGCUGCCAUCCCUCUCAGGCAUAAACCGGGCUCAACCCGGCGGAGGGCAGAGUGGCUGUCCAGCCCCUCUCAGGCAGGCAUAAGGGACUCGACCGGCGGAGGCCAGAGUGGACUGUCCCAUCCCCUCUCAGGCAAGCAUAAGGGCUCGACCGGCGGAGGCCAGAGUAGCUGCCCAUCCCCAUCUCAGCCAGGCAUAAGGCUCCAACCGGCGGAGGCCAAGAGUGGCUGUCCGAUCCUCUCAGGCGCAGAAGGGCUCGACCCGGCGGAGCCAGGAGUGGCUGUCUCCCCUCUCAGGCAAGCAUCCCCAAGGGCCUCGACUGGCGAGGCCAGAGGUAAGGCUGCCCAUCCCCUCUCAAGGCAGCAGAGGGGUGGCUCGGACCGGCGGAGGCCAGAGUGGCUGGCCCAUCCCCCCCGCCGGCAGAAUGGAUCCCCUCUCGCAAGGCCAGGAGCGGCUCCCCUCCCCGCUCAGGAAGGGCCUAAGGGCUCGACCUGCGGAGGACCAGAGUGGCUGCCCUAUCCCCUCUCAGGCAGGCAUAAGGGCUCGACCCGGCGAAGGCCAGAGGGUGGCUGCCCUCCCCGCCGAGGCAGGCAGAAGGGCUCGACCGGCGGAGGCCAGAGCAGCUGCCCAUCCCCAUCGAGGCAGGCAGAAGGGCUCGACCGACGGAGGCCAGAGUGGCUGCCCAUCCCCAUCGAGGCAGGCAGAAGGGCUCGACUGGCGGAGGCCAGAGUGGCUGCCCAUCCCCGCCGAGGCAGGCAGAAGGGCUCGACCGGCGGAGGCCAGAGUGGCUGCCCAUCCCCACCGAGGCAGGCAGAAGGGCUCGACCGGCGGAGGCCAGAGCAGCUGCCCAUCCCCAUCGAGGCAGGCAGAAGGGCUCGACCGACGGAGGCCAGAGUGGCUGCCCAUCCCCAUCGAGGCAGGCAGAAGGGCUCGACCGACGGAGGCCAGAGUGGCUGCCCAUCCCCAUCGAGGCAGGCAGAAGGGCUCGACUGGCGGAGGCCAGAGUGGCUGCCCAUCCCCGCCGAGGCAGGCAAAAGGACUCGACCGGCAGAGGCCAGAGCGUCUGCCCAUCCCCUCUCAGGCAGGUGGAAGAGCUCGACCGGCGGAGGCCAGAGUGGCUGCCCAUCCCCUCUCAGGCAGGCGGAAGAGCUCGACCGGAGGAGGCCAGAGCGGCUGCCCAUCCCCUCUCAGGCAGGCAUAAGGGCUCGACCGGCGGAGGCCAGAGUGGCUGCCCAUCCCCUCUCAGGCAGGCGGAAGGGCUCGACCGGCGGAGGCCAGAGCGGCUGCCCAUCCCCUCUCAGGCAGGCGGAAGGGCUCGACCAGCGGAGGCCAGAGUGGCUGUCCAUCCCCUCUCAGGCAGGCAUAAGGGCUCAACCGGCGGAGGCCAGAGUGGCUGUCCAUCCCCUCUCAGGCAGGCAUAAGGGCUCGACCGGCGGAGGCCAGAGUGGCUGCCCAUUCCCUCUCAGGCAGGCGGAAGAGCUCGACCGGCGGAGGCCAGAGCGGCUGCCCAUCCCCUCUCAGGCAGGCAUAAGGGCUCGACCGGCGGAGGCCAGAGUGGCUGCCCAUCCCCUCUCAGGCAGGCAUAAGGGCUCAACCGGCGGAGGCCAGAGUGGCUGUCCAUCCCCUCUCAGGCAGGCAGAAGGGCUCGACCGGCGGAGGCCAGAGUGGCUGUCCAUCCCCUCUCAGGCAAGCAUAAGGGCUCGACUGGCGGAGGCCAGAGUAGCUGCCCAUCCCCUCUCAGGCAGGCAGAGGGGCUCGACCGGCGGAGGCCAGAGUGGCUGCCCAUCCCCGCCGAGGCAGGCAGAAUGGCUCGACCGGCGAAGGCCAGAGCGGCUGCCCAUCCCCGCUCAGGCAGGCAUAAGGGCUCGACUGGCGGAGGACAGAGUGGCUGCCUAUCCCCUCUCAGGCAGGCAUAAGGGCUCGACCGGCGGAGGCCAGAGUGGCUGCCCAUCCCCGCCGAGGCAGGCAGAAGGGCUCGACCGGCGGAGGCCAGAGCAGCUGCCCAUCCCCAUCGAGGCAGGCAGAAGGGCUCGACCGACGGAGGCCAGAGUGGCUGCCCAUCCCCAUCGAGGCAGGCAGAAGGGCUCGACUGGCGGAGGCCAGAGUGGCUGCCCAUCCCCGCCGAGGCAGGCAGAAGGGCUCGACUGGCGGAGGCCAGAGUGGCUGCCCAUCCCCACCGAGGCAGGCAGAAGGGCUCGACCGGCGGAGGCCAGAGUGGCUGCCCAUCCCCACCGAGGCAGGCAGAAGGGCUCGACCGGCGGAGGCCAGAGCAGCUGCCCAUCCCCAUCGAGGCAGGCAGAAGGGCUCGACCGACGGAGGCCAGAGUGGCUGCCCAUCCCCAUCGAGGCAGGCAGAAGGGCUCGACCGACGGAGGCCAGAGUGGCUGCCCAUUCCCCAUCAAGGCAGGAGGCAGCUCGACUGGCGGAGGCCAGAGUGGCUGCCCAUCCCCGCCGAGGCAGGCAAAAGGACUCGACCGGCAGAGGCCAGAGCGCGGAAGAGGCUCGACCGGAGGAGGCAGAGCAGCUGCCCAUCCCCUCAUCAGGCAGGCAUAAGGGCUCGACCGGCGGAGGCCAGAGUGGCUGCCCAUCCCCUCUCAGGCAGGCGGAAGGGCUCGACCGGCGGAGGCCAGAGCGGCUGCCCAUCCCCUCUCAGGCAGGCAUAAGGGCUCUACUGGAGGAGGCCAGAGUGGCUGCCUAUCCCCUCUCAGGCAGGCAUAAGGGCUCGACCGGCGGAGGCCAGAGUGGCUGCCCAUCCCCGCCGAGGCAGGCAGAAGGGCUCGACCGGCGGAGGCCAGAGUGGCUGCCCAUCCCCGCCGAGGCAGGCAGAAGUGGCUCGACAGGCGGAGGCCAGAGUGGCUGCCCAUCCCCACCGAGGCAGGCAGAAGGGCUCGACCGGCGGAGGCCAGAGCGGCUGCCCAUCCCCGCCGAGGCAGGCAGAAGGGCUCGACCGGCGGAGGCCAGAGUGGCUGCCCAUCCCAACCGAGGCAGGCAGAAGGGCCGCACCGGUGGAGGCCCAUCAGCUGCCCCAUUCCCCAUCGAGGCAGGCAGAAGGGCUCGACCGGCGGAGGCCAGAGUGACUGCCCAUCCCCUCUCAGGCAGGCAGAAGGGCUCGACUGGCGGAGGCCAGAGUGGCUGCCUAUCCCCGCCGAGGCAGGCAGAAGGACUCGACCGGCAGAGGCCAGAGCGUCUGCCCAUCCCCUCUCAGGCAGGUGGAAGAGCUCGACCGGCGGAGGCCAGAGUGGCUGCCCAUCCCCUCUCAGGCAGGCGGAAGAGCUCGACCGGCGGAGGCCAGAGCGGCUGCCCAUCCCCUCUCAGGCAGGCAUAA